AUGGUUUCGGAGCUUGCGGCGGGGAAAGUCGCGGCGGAUCGGCCGCGGGCGCGGCUGCGUCGGCUGAGGGCGAAGGCGGAGCCGGCGGACGCUGCUGCUGCUGCUGCUGCUGCUGCUGCUGGCUGCUGCAGCAAGCUGGCGGGAGAGGAGCCGCCGCGGGAGCAGCAAGAAAAGAAAAGGGAGCUGCAGAAGCCCUCGAAGGCGGAGCGGAUUCUGCUGCCCAGCGAAGACCCCGUGUACCGGCCUGCGCUGGCGCCCUCGCAGCUGCCGCUGGGCUUUUCGCAAGUGGCCGCCAGAGGCGAAGAGAGCUUCAGCGAGCAGCAGCAGCAGCUGCUGGCGCUGGGGGCCCCCGGGGCCACGGGGCUGUGGCGCAUGCAUGCGCGCAGCGGGCUGAAGUACCGCAAGGGCCCCUUCACGCAGGAGGAGCAGCAGCUGCUGCGGGAGGCGCUGCAGCAGCUGGCGCAGCAGGAGGGCCUGGGUUCGGCGGAGGAGGCUGCGCGGAGCCUGGCGAGCGGCGGGGGCCCCCGGGGGGGCCCCCGGGGGGGCCCCCUGGGGGCCCCCCUGGGCGCCGCGGCGGGGGGCCCCCCGGGGGCCCCCCGGGGGCCCCCCGGCCGCUUCCAAGCCGUCGCCCGCUGCCUCCCCGAACGCCCCUUCGCCUCCAUCUACGGCUACCUGCGCCGCAGCAUGGCUGCGGGGGUGCGGAGGGGCCCCUGGGGGCCCCUCGAGACGCUGCAGCUAGCUGAGCUAGCCAAGCAGCUAGCUGGCCCGCGGCGGGGCUGCUGGGUGAAGAUUGCUGCAGUGCUUAACCGGCGGCCCGCAGACGUUUGCGACAAGUGGCGGGCCAUUGCCCCGCGGCUGAGUCACUACGAGGCCCUGGCCCGCAGGGCGCUGCGGGAGGCCCCUGCUGCUGCUGCUGGCGGUGCAGCAGCAAACUGGCGAGGAGCUGCCGGCCUUCGGAGUGCCCUGGCGCCGCAUCCAGGCCGAGAACUUCCCGCAGCAAACGCAUGCAUUCUUGCGGAGGGAAUACAACUUGCUGCUGCUGCCGCAGCUGCUGCAGCAGCGGAUGGGCGCGGAGCCGCGGCCCGUGCUGCUGCGCCACCUGCUGCGCUGCUUCCAGCGGCUGCAGCAGCAGCAGCUGCCGCAGGGGCUGCGGGGAGUCGAAUGGCUGGACAUUUUGCCCCUGGCUCCUGCGCGGCUGCAGCGGGACUUGCUGGCAGCAGCAGCAGCAGGCUUGAUGCGGGAGCGGGGGCUGGGGCUGGAGGCUGCGGUGCCGCUGCUGCUGCAGCAGCAGCAGCAGCAGCUCGCCGCCACCCGCAAGAAAGACGCAGCCAGGCUGCUGCGCGCUGCGCUGCCGCUGCAGCAGCAGCAAACCCUCCACGACCAAGUCCAGGCCAAGGCUGCUGCCAGGGGCUGGAGUCUCAAGAAGCAGCGCCGGAAGCUGCGGCGGGCCAUUCGAAGAGCAGCAGCAGCAGAGCUGCAGCGCCUCAAGACACGGCUUGCUGCUGUCAGGGAGGCGCCCCUCAACGCGCCCCCCAAGGGCGUGCAGCACCAGCUCCGGGAUCAGGCCAGGCCCCCCGCGAUCGAGGACUGCAGCAGCAGCAGCAGCAGCAGCAGCAGCAGCAGCAGCAGCAGCCUGCUGGCACUUGA